AAACAACACUCUUCUUGCUUCCUCAAACUGUCAUCAAAACAGCAUUCAUUAGCUCAAUUGCUCGCAUUCAAUCGCUUUAUCAACCUCUAUUAAUGUUCUGCUUCCUUCCCUUCCGCUCGAAGUCGUCUGUGGUAGCUAUCACUCCAGCAGCUGCUACUCAACAAUCCGCAUUCAAUACCGAUGCUUGUCCGAAAAACGCCAAAAAUGACACUUCAAAGAUGCACCUUGACAUUUUCAUGACCGAGUACACGGGCAAGGAGCCGUUUCGUGGUCCGCCUGACUUGAUGACGCAGUUUCGCUUCCCUCAUCCAGGAGCAAUGCCUCAUGAAUGCACCCCUUCUCAUCCUGUGAAGCCGAGCCGGGCUAAGGCCUUGUGUAACUUGGUGACCUCUGCCAAAGAGCUUGACCUCGGCUUACGCAAGGCCUCGGCGGAGGAAGUGGCUCUCUACAGUCCACCACCAUUAAGUUCCUCGGAAGCAAUUUGCAAGUUUUACGGAGUCUGCGACUAUACCGGGCCACCCUUGAACUCGUUGCUUUAUAUUAACGACUAUCUCAAACACGGGAAUGAGCGUACGGACGAACUUGCAGUUGACAGACUGGUCGACCUUUGCCGUGCGCGUGACAGUGACAGUGAUGAUGAGGAACUCGACCCCUCGGGAUUGUAUGACGGACUCUAUGGAUCUGAAGGUCUCAAGCAGGGAGAGACUAUGUGGCGGACCUUAGACCCCUGCACAGAGCAGCGACUGUACGGCUCUACGCGUACCGCGCCUGCCAUGUUGGAUGGUCGCGUGUCUUCCAUGCACAAAAGAGCAGCUGUAUCCGGUCAUACCAUAUCACUCAGUUUCAGCGUUCCAGCCGGCAAACGACUUUGCGUUGAGGAUUUCCGACAAAUGUAUGCCGCACCCAUGGACACCGCAAACACCUUCCAUUAUGAACAUGCCCAAACACCGUCAGAGCGAUUGAACAAGCUCAUCGGUAUCUAACUUCAACAUCAGUUAUACGACGCUCGGCAUCUCCCAGUGUCGGUGAUUCGUUUGUCCUUGAACCUCCUUAGCAAUACGAAUGAGACUUUUUUCUUUACUUUAGCGAGU